AUCCCCUUGUUUGAAGCGAGCUAGCAAGCUAGGUCCACCCUGACACAUCUGCAAUAUUGUGGUUCCAGCCAAACCUGGCUUAGGUCAAUUUGUGUUUGUCCUCUCCAUUUUUUUAUUUAUUAGUUUUUGUCAAAAAUCUUUCGUUGUCAAUUUCUAAUUAGCUGCUAGCUGGAUAGCAUUCCGAGAAUGUCUGGUGCGGCCGCUGGUGGGGCGUCUUCAUGCAUCGGAGCAGCGACUGCAAGUGGUAGCGCCGUCGGAUCUCCUGCAGUUGGAGCUGGUGGAGUCGGGGGGGUAGCCGGCAGACUACCCAGUCGGGUUUUAGAGCAUAUCUUUUCAUAUUUGGAAUUGCCUGAUCUUAUGCGAUGCUCCUUAGUUUCCUGGCACUGGAACAGCUGUCUCGCCGAUGAAAACAGCGAGGUCUGGAGGAGCCUCUGCGCCCGUUCACUGAGCGAAGAGGCACUGCGCUCCGAUAUUCUUUGCAACCUGCCCACCUACAAGGGAAAGCUGAAGUCCUACCAACAUGCCCUGAGCUCCCACGACUGCUCACGCAAUGUAUAUGUGAAGAAAAAUGGCUUCACCUUACACCGCAACCCCAUUGCCCAGAGCACCGAUGGUGCCCGUGGAAAGAUAGGCUUUUCAGAGGGCAGGCACGCGUGGGAGAUCUGGUGGGAGGGUCCUCUUGGAACUGUGGCAGUCAUUGGCAUAGCCACUAAGCGGGCAGCCAUGCAGUGCCAGGGCUAUGUGGCACUCCUGGGCAGUGAUGAUCAGAGCUGGGGAUGGAAUCUGGUGGACAACAACCUGCUUCACAAUGGAGAGGUCAAUGGGAACUUCCCUCAGUGCAACAAUGCACCCAAAUAUCAGAUUGGAGAGAGAAUACGUGUCAUUCUAGACAUGGAGGACAAGACAUUGGCUUUCGAGAGAGGGUUUGAGUUUCUCGGAGUGGCCUUCCGAGGGCUACCGAAAGGUUGUCUCUUCCCUGCUGUUUCAGCUGUUUACGGGAACACUGAAGUGACAAUGGUUUAUCUGGGGAAACCACUGGAUGGUUAAAACCCCCUUAGGAUGCUACUUGUGGUGGUACUGUGCCAAGGAAACUGUUUGUGGCACAGAGAUUACUCCUAACAUUCCUUUUGGGAGUGCAACUCGCGCCCUGUGGAAAACUGCAGUUGGACAUGACGGAAGCCUUAGUCGGAGGGAGGGAAGGGGUAUCCAUACAUUGGUCACAGUGUGGACUAAUGAACUCAGCUGCCUGGGCAGUUUUAACUUAUAUACAGUCUGAAAUGACUUUUUACUGUAUUUUAUGAAGUGACAUUGCUUAAAACCAGUAGAGGACAUUUUAUGUCAGUUUAAAUGAGGCCAAAUGAAAUGUAUAAUGUGGCAAAUAUAUUCAAUAUAUAAUAAGGAAUGCAUAAUAAUUAACAUGUUUAAUUAUUGUUACCGUUUUAGUGGUCAGAGUAAAAUGUGCCGAUGUAAACCUCACUUCUAUAGCACAAGUGAACUGAAGUGGGAAGACUGAAUGGGAUGUGUUGAAGCCAAAACUAAUUGUGCACCUAUUACCAAAUUCCACAAGACGACAAGUGGCCACUUGGGACAACUUUCUGAGUCUGGGCUCCGUCUUCAGAGGAGCUGGUUGUACGCAUGCAGAUAAUUCUUAGUCCCUUUUCCUGUGCAGAUAUGAAGUGUAAAGAACCCGGAGAAGCUACCACCGAAAUAAUGACGUAACUGACCGUUUAUUGUCUUGUGGUCUAGUAGAACAUCACAAAGUGUUUGUUAGGUUUUAUCCUUUACAUCAGUGAGAUCACAUUGCCUCCAAAUAAAGUCUAAAUGAGUAGCCUG